AUGUCAUCAUCAGUUCUCGCGGGAACAGCGCAUUAUAACAACAGCAAUAGUCAACAGAAAUCAGCAAUCUAUAUGGCUACAGACCAACUGUUACAACAAGUGAUUGAUCUACUUCAGCAUAUUCCUGACGAUGACGCCUUUAAACGGCCAUCCACCGUUAUGCCUGGGGGAACCAUCGGCAAGCAUAUACGGCACGUGUACGAUCAUUUCAAUCUUUUGCUGGCGGGCAAUCCACAAUUAAAAAAUCAGCACCAGCAAGGUCAGCAUCAUCAUCAUGAAGAUGAUGAUGAAUUAUGGACCGUUGACUUUGAUGCUCGCUCACGUGAACAACCAAUGGAACGAGACCGUCGGGAAGCUGCCUGUUGUUUUCGGGACAUGCAAAACAAGUUUAAAGAUAUCGCAGACAAGGUGCCACUAGAUACCCCGGUGAAGCUCGCUGCCACCAUUGAUGCCUCAGCCAGCGUUCCAAGGGCCUUGUUUCAUUCUACGUUCGAUCGUGAGCUGUGGUACUGUUGUAUGCAUGCGAUUCAUCAUUACGCAGCGAUCAAGGCUAUUUGCAUCGAAAAUAGUAUACCAGUCACCAGCGAGUUUGGGAUGGCGCCUUCUACCACGCAAUAUCAACAACAGCAACAUCAUCAUCAACCACAGCAGCAGCAGCAGCAACGGGCCAAGAUGACAGGACAUCUGUAA